AUAGCACAAAUGAAGGACAAAGUUCAUAUGAACGAUUCCAAUAUUGCUGUAAUAAAAGCGUCAGUGGGAGGUGUUGGACAUAAUAUUAGUUUAGCCUCUCACUAUUUCUUGUCAAAGUCAAAGUUUGUAUCAAUCGUCGGUAACGACUUUGCUGGUAGGGCUAUUCUCAAUCAACUCAAAUCAAGCGAGUUUGAUGCCUCUGCAACUGCUCAAUAUCUGGCAACACAUGACCUGGAUGGCAACCUCGUUGUUGCUGCAGCUGAUAUGUCCAUUAUCGAAGAGGACUUUUCCGAAUUCGUCAUUGAUCAGGUAAGUCCACAAGUUUCCAACAUUGUAUUUGAUUGCAAUCUUUCUCCAACUCUUGUAAAUAAAGUGAUGAAUUCACUACAGGCUUCAAAUAAAGUAGUAAAUGUGAUAAUUGAGCCAACGUCGUUACCAAAAUCGUCACGGAUUGCGAAAUUGAUAAACCGUCCUUUCCCAAACAACUUCAUCAAGUUGAUAACUCCAACAGUGCUGGAACUAGAAGCUAUUCAUGCUUCUUUCUACAACAACGACAAAUACGAUGACUACGACGAAUGGUUCCCAGUAUUGGAUUCAUUAGGUGUUGACUCUUUCUUCAGGGACAAACUCAAUCUUCUUGCUAGCAAAAGAUUUCCAGUUCUCAAAGACUUGAUGGAUCGAGGUACCUUGCAGCAAAGUUUUCAGCUUGUCCCUUUCUUCCAGAAUAUAUUGAUUAAGAUUGGAAGCAAAGGAGCCAUAAUGGUUAGUCUUUCAGAGAACGUUAAUGACUACAAAUCCAUUCCUACAACUUCGAAGUACAAGCCUGCAUUCAUCCUCGCAUCGGAGGGCAGGCGUAUGGGUGUGGUAAUAGAGUAUUUCCCAAUACCAAUGGAGAAUGAAAACUUAGAUAUCAUUAAUGUCACUGGAGCUGGUGAUUCCAUGCUUGGAACUCUAGUAGCUCAAUUGCUGAAUUCUCCAUACAAUUGGUUGGCAACAGAAAUAAAUAGCGUUGAACAAGAAUGGAGCAAAUGGGAACAUAUCUACAAAGCUCAAUUAGCUAGUGGGUUGACCCUUACUUGUGAAUCGGCCGUUAGCAGUGGCAUACAACUUAUUGAGUGA